AUGGCACCAGCACAAUCAAAGAAUACAGGCGAAAGCACAUGGGAUCCAAGCAGGGUUGUUGAGGUAAUCGCACUUCUUCUCACUGUGCCUGGGGCAAUUGCUGCAUUGGCAACACUGUGGAUAAUACACAGGCAACGACAAAGGAAAGAAAGAGUCAGGCACAACGCUGUGCAACGACAUCCUCCAAUAAAUGGGUGGUCCUCCGAUCAGAGUAAUGCUCGGAUUAUCGACUGGUUCCAACAUCAUUACGACGAACUGCAAGGCGAAAUGUCUUCUGAGAGGGAGCAAUGGGAAGAAGAAAUGAAAGACUUCUCGCACGAGGAUUGA